UGAGAAAUACUUGAAAAGGAGCAAAAGCCAAUAGGGCCAUCCUCCCACAUCUGUGACAGCUCCCUCAGACAGGGGAAGGCCCCGUCUGUUUUGAUGGCCUUUUUGAAUCUCCCAGACAAAGGUGAUAUUAACCGAAAAUCGAAACAACUAAGAAAGAAAGCUGCUACAGUGCUACUUCUGAUCUGCAACGGGCCUUGGAGCUUCUCCAAAGAUCAGAAACACUGGAGAGAAAAUUGUUCCAUUCAAUGGCUCGGCAAAUGAUGAGUCUAAAGUAGUGACCUACAGAAGUGUGCGAUUGUCAGUAGAGUUGUAGCAGCAAUUAGACUAUACUUGAGCCGGACAGCAGCAGAUAACAGGGAUUAAUUCCAAGAAGAAGCGGACGUGUAAGCAUGAGUGACUUUGGUCCGGGAAGAUCGAACACUUGGAAUAUAUACACGAGCUUGGACCCAAGUCCGUCCCAAGCAGCAGCAGAUAGAGAAGCCGAAGCACCUUGGAAAGGCUUCGGAGCAUCGGUUAAUGCUAUAUCAUUUGGCUUUGUGGCCACGGCCAUUCUGAUAUCUUUGUUCCUCAUCAUGGCCAUCUUUGAGCAUCUGUUCAGGCCCAGUCCCAGCUUCACUUCGCCGGAAGCAUUGGCUGGAAGAUCCCUGGAGGCAGGGAUGGCGGAUAAGCUCGGGAAUCCGCACCAUGUUUCGACAUCGUAUGCAGCUGAUUUCUCGGUGAUGAUGCCGGGACAAGAUUAUCCGACCUUCAUUGCUCAACCUGCUCCUCUCCUUUGCCCUAGAGAAGGCAUCCAUUUUCCUCCUCAUGACCAUGAUUUUGCGCACUCCGUUACAUAGCCUUCCCUUUUGUUUUUUAGCCUUUUCUUUUCGUUUUGGCAUUGAAGUGCCACUGAGGCUAUAUAUAUAUAUGUACAUUUUCCUCAGGAUGGCCAAUUUAAUUCGAUCGGAUAAUUGGGCCUGAAAAAUAUUCAAUCAUAUAAUCGAAGUUAUUCCAGCUCAACCAUCACGAUAAAA